UCAUCCAGGACUAGUGGUCGACCUUAGAGAGCCAUGUGUCUUCCUUUCAUAUACGAAGGCAAAAUUUACUCAUCUUGCACAACAGAUGGGCCAUCCAAUGGAAAGCCCUGGUGCUCUCUGACCAGCAACCAUGAUGAAAACCCCCAUUGGAGAGACUGUGAUUCCUCAGUUGGUGCUCCCUGUGUCUGCCCAUUUAUUCACAACCGUAAACUCUAUUCCUCUUGCACCAAGGACGGCACUAAUUAUCUGUGGUGUCCCACACAAGUUGACUCUGAGACGGGAAAGAUGUAUGAAUCUUCCUAUAGAGAAUGUUUCACUACAGAGAAUGGAGGUAAUGAUGGUGGACGACCCUGUGUCUUCCCCUUUGUGUACAGGGGAGAAACCUUCUAUAAAUGCACCCAAAAAUAUUCACCGAGAAGGAACUUCUGGUGUGCGACAACAGGGGACUUUGGCAAGGAUGGGAAAUGGAGCUACUGUGCUGAUAUCGGUGAGCAUGAUGCAGGGGGCUGGAAUAACAGGAGUGGACUGAGUACAAACCCUACAGGGCCAUGUGUGUUUCCUUUCAUCUACAAAGGAAAACCCUAUACCGGUCCAUCUUGUACAGCUGAUGGGGAAUCCACUGAAAGUCUCUGGUGCUCUCUGACCUGCAACUAUGAUGAAGACCCAAAAUGGACAUACUGUGAUCCUUCUGGUAUGGGGAAAACAGAGUACACUGGAAUCAGGAACAGGACGAGCAAGGAUAACCACACGCUUCAGCACAGUGGUGGCAGGUUUGGUUAUCCCUGUGUCUGCCCAUUUAUUUACAAUGAGAAUGGAGGUAAUGAUGCUGGACGACCCUGUGUCUUCCCCUUUGUGUACGAGGGUGAAACCUUCUAUAAAUGCACCCAAAAAGAUUCGCCGACGAGGCACUUCUGGUGUGCGACAACAGGGAACUUUGACAAGGAUGGGAAAUGGAGCUUCUGUGCUGAUAUCGAAUAUGGAGGGAUCGCCAAUGGCCAGCCCUGUGUCUUCCCCUUUACUUACAAGAGCCGGACAUUCUAUACUUGCAGCAAUGAAGAUGAUCCACUUGGGAGGUUCUGGUGUGCCACUACGGGGGACUAUGAUAAGGACCAGAAGUGGAGCUCUUGUGUCGACACCCGACUGAGUACAAGACCUACAGGGCCUUGUGUCUUUCCUUUCAUCUACAAAGGAAAAUCCUAUAUGUCUUGCACAACUGAUGGGGAAUCCGAAAUAAAACUUUGGUGCUCUCUGACCAGCAACUAUGAUGAAGACCAAAAAUGGACAUACUGUGAUCUUUCGGUUGGUCAGCAUUGUGUCUGCCCAUUUAUUUACAACGGUAAAUCCUAUUCCUCUUGCACCAAGGAUGACGCUAAUGCGAUGUGGUGUGCCACAGAAGUUGACCCUGACACGAAAGAAAUGAUCGAAUCUAAAUGGAAAGAGUGUAAGACAAAAGAGAAUGGAGGUAAUGAUGAUGGACGACCCUGUGUGUUCCCCUUUGUGUACAACGGCGAAACCUUCAAUACCUGCACCAAUAAAAAUGCGAUGGGAUACUGGUGUGCGACAACAGGGAACUAUGACAAGGACGGGAAAUGGAGCAUCUGUGCUCAUACCAGAAGUCCUCCAAGUGUCGGCUGUAAACAUCAAUGA